CAGAGAAGAGGUGACAUCACAGAAGGGCCACCGACAUCACUGCUCAGGAGCAGGUACCAUCUACAUUCCCCAGGCAUGGGUCAGACUCCCUCUUAUACACGCUCUCCAAAGGCGGAUGCUCAUUUUACCUUCAGCUUUGGCACAAAUCUUCAAAAUUUCAAGAUGGAAAACAAAAUCCUGUCUCAGGAAUUAAAGGCCUUCAUUGAAUCAUCCCUAGAGAAUGGAAACCUUCAAGAAACAGUUUCUGCAAUCAGCAAAGCUCUGGGUGACAUUGAGAAAGCCCCACUGAACAUUGCAGUGAUGGGGGGGACUAGGGCUGGAAAGUCCAGUCUCAUCAAUGCUCUACAGAGAGUGGGGGCUGAUGAAGAAGGUGCAGCUACUACUGGGGACAUAGUUACAACCACUGAGAGAACACCAUACCAAUAUGUAAAGUUUCCAAGUUUGACACUAUGGGACUUGCCUGGCAUUGGGUCUAUUGCUUUCCAAUCACAUGAUUAUCUGAAGAAAAUCAAAUUUGAGGAGUAUGACUUCUUAAUUUUUGUCUCUUCUGGAUGCCUGAAAUGUGAUGACAUACAACUUAUCAAGGCCAUUGUGAAAAUGAAUAGGAGUUUCUAUUUUGUUAGAACCCAUAUAGAUUUUCAUCUAAGGGCUAUAGCAGAGACAUAUCCUAGGAGAUUCAACAGAGAGAACACAUUAAAGAUGAUUCGAAAUGUCAUUUCACGUAUACUUAAGGAACUUACCCAACAGGAGCCUCCAGUCUUCUUAGUCUCUAACUUUGAUGUCUCUGACUUUGACUUCCCAAAGCUGGAAUCCACCCUUUUGAGUGAGCUCCCGGCCUACAAUCGCCACAUGUUCAUGCUCACUCUGCCAAUUGUCACAGAUUCCACCAUAGACCGGAAGAGGGAUAUGCUGAAACAAAAGAUCUCAAAGGUAUCCAGAAUGCCAAGAGCAUGGGCUACCAUACCAUUCAGGGGAUUGACCCAAAAUGACAUGGAGAUCUUGGAACAGACUUUGAAUGAAUGUAGAUCUUCCUUUGGCCUGGAUGAGGAAUCACUGGAAAACAUUGCUGAGGAUUUGAAUACGACACUGAAGGAACUCAAAGCAAACAUUAAGUCUCCAUAUUUACUCACAGAUGAGCCAGAUACAUCCUUAACAGAUAGAAUAUUGAAGUACAUUAGAAAUCCUUACUUUUCAAAGUUUUCCCACUUGAAAAAUUACUUCAUUGACACGGUUGCAAGUGAUGUUAAAAUUAUCCUUAGCAAAGAAGAGCUUUUAAGAAAGAAGCAUCCUCAACUGCACACAGACAUAUGGGAGACUUCCUCUAGCACACCCUCUCCUUUAACGGAUCAACUUUUGGCAUUCAGCUUUGAAAAAUUUUUUAAGAAUUUCAAGAAGGAAGGCAAAAUCGUCUCUGAGAAAACCAUCACCUCAAUUGAAUCCCAUCUGAAGGAUAAGAACCUUCAGGGGGCAUUGUCUACAAUUACUCAUGCUCUGAGAAACAUUGACAAAGCCCCACUGAACAUUGCUGUGACUGGAGAAACAGGGACAGGGAAAUCUAGCUUUAUCAAUGCCCUGAGGGGAGUGAGGGAUGAAGAAGAAGGUGCAGCCCCCACUGGGGUGGUAGAGACAACCAUGAAGAGAACUCCAUAUCCACACGCAAAGCUUCCCAAUGUGACAAUAUGGGACCUGCCUGGCAUUGGAACCACUAACUUCCCACCACAAAACUACCUAAUGGAAAUGAAGUUUGAUGAGUAUGACUUCUUCAUUAUCAUCUCUGCCACACGCUUCAAAGAAAUUGAAAUACAUCUGGCCAAAGCCAUUGAAAAGAUGAACACCAAGUUCUACUUUGUCCGUACCAAGAUAGAUCAAGAUGUCAGUAAUGAGCAGAGGAGUAAACCUAGGACUUUCAAUAGAGACAGUGUCUUAAAGAAAAUUAGAGAAGACUGUUCAGGGCAUCUUCAGAAGGCUCUCUCCAGUCAGCCUCCAGUCUUCCUAGUCUCUAACUUAGAUGUGUCUGACUUUGACUUCCCAAAGCUGGAGACCACCCUACUCAGUGAGCUCCCAGCCCACAAAUGCCACAUCUUCAUGAUGUCCUUGCACAGUGUUACUGAGACUGCCAUUGACCGCAAGAGGGAUUUCCUCAGACAGAAGAUCUGGCUGGAGGCCCUGAAGGCAGGAGUUUUGGCCACCAUUCCACUUGUGGGCUUCAUCGGAGAUGAAAUACAAAAGUUAGAGAAAACCUUGAAUCUCUACAGGUCAUACUUUGGACUGGAUGAAGCCUCACUGGAAAAUAUUGCCAAAGUUUUCAAUGUGCCUGUGAAUGAAAUCAAAGCACACCUUAAGUGUUUCCAUUUGUUAACAAAGAAUAAAGACAUGUCCUUCAAAGAAAAAGUGUUAAAGUAUAUUGAACAUAUUUCCUGUGUUACUGGGGGACCACUUGCCUCAGGCCUUUACUUUAAAAAGACUUACUAUUGGAAAAGUCUCUUCAUUGAUACUGUGGCAAGUGAUGCCAAGUCUCUCCUUAAUAUGGAAGAGAUUUUAUCACAGAAGCAAAGGUUGUCCAGGCUGUUCUCCCUGUAUACUGGGGAACAGGAAGAAAGCUAUGAGGCACUGACUUUGCAUUGGUUACAGGCACUGACUUAAAGCCUGCUUUUAAGCAGCAAACAUUUUCUGGAAAAUAUCAGAGGAUUCUUCUCUUUCACAGAUAGAAUAUCACUACAGCAAUACAGAACACCAAUAGCUUAUAAUUUAAGAUCAAGAACUGACAAAUGAGACCUCAUAAAAUUAGAAAGUUUCUGCAAGGCAAAGGACACUGUCAAAAGGACAAAACAGCAACCAACAAACUGGGAAAAGAUCUUCACCAACCCUACGUCUGACAGAGGGCUAAUAUCAAAUAUAUACAAAGAACUCAAGAAGUUAGACCCCAGGGAACCAAAUAACCCUAUGCUCAACAACAUUAGUCAUUAGGGAAAUGCAACUCAAAACAACCCUAAGAUUUCACCUCACACCAGUCAGAAUGGCUAAGGUUAAAAACUCAGGAGACAGCAGGUGUUGGUGAGGAUGUGGAGAAAGAGGAACACUCCUCCACUGCUGGUGGGAUUGCAAGAUGGUGCAACCACUUUGGAAAUCAGUCUGGCAGUUCCUCAGAAAACUGAACAUGACACUACCAGAGGACCCUGCUAUACCACUCCUGGGCAUAUACCCAGAGGAUUCCCUGGCAUGCAAUAAGGACACUUGCUCCACUAUGUUCAUAGCAGCCCUAUUUAUAAUAGCCAGAAGCUGGAAAGAACCCAGAUGUCCCUCAGUGGAGGAAUGGAUACAGAAAAUGUGGUAUAUUUACACAAUGGAAUACUACUCAGCAAUUAAAAACAAUGAAUUCAUGAAAUUUGUACGCAAAUAGUGGGAACUGGAAAAUAUCAUCCUAAGUGAGGUAACCCAAUCACAAAAGAAUAUGCAUGGAAUGCAAUCACUGAUAAGUGGAUAUUAAUUAGCCCAGAAGCUAUGAAUACCCAAGACACAAGUAGCAUAUCAAAUGACUCCCAUGAAGAAAUAAGGAGAGGGCCCUGAUCCUGGAAAGGCCUGAUCCAGCAUUGUAGGGGAGUAACAGGACAGAGAAAAAGGAGGGAGGUAAUUGGAGAAUGAGUGUAGAGAAGGCUUAUGGGACAUAUGGGGAGGGGGGAACUGGGAAAG